GGUCUCCACAGCAAUACUGAUAAUCUGUUAUUAGCCUGCAAAACGUGGGCGGUCACUUUUCUCUCUAUAUAAACAUUAAGCUCACCUCGUGAGAUGAAUCACUCGUGCACAUACAGCGCGUGUCUGAACAGCCCAGUCUCGUCCAGUAAGAAUGAAAGUGGAGCUCCAGUGAUGGAGUUUAGAGAGCUGGGCGCAGACGAGAGCUCUGAAGGAGAAACGGAGGAUCUGGAUAGUGUGAAAGCUCUGACGGAGAAGCUCAAACUCCAGACGCGCAGACCAUCGUACCUGGAGUGGAAGGAACGACUACAGACGAGUCCGUGGACUGAUGCCACGAACAGCGCAAGUGUCUGUUCAGGAUCUGUGGAGAAAGACACGAAUGAAUCCGAUAUUUGGAAAGAUGGGAUGCCUAAUAAAAAUAUAUGCGGUUUUGAAACGAUAGACGACGCUUUGGAAUGGCUCAGAAACGAACUGAGAGAGAUGCAGAUGCAGGAUAACCGCCUUGCGCGUCAGUUGAUACGCCUGCGGGGGGAGAUCCACCGGCUGAAAGUGGAGCAGGUGUGUCACCGUCACAAAGAGAUGCUGGAUGAUGCCACGUAUGAGUUGGAGGAGUGUGAAGAGGAUUCCGACCUGCUGUGUGACAUCCCCAUGAAAGCCUCCUUUGCUAUGUCCACCCCUCUCAAACAUCUCGGUCUCACCAAGAUGAAUCUGAACUCGAGACGAUUCUCUCUCUGUUAAGAGGUGGGGGUGCCGAUGUCUUGGAUGUUCCUGUUCCUGCUUAAUUGGCUGAGCAUUGCACUAUAAGAUGAGUCAUUAUUACAGAACAGAUAUGCUGAUUAAAAAAAAAGCAUGAAUGAAUUAUAAUCUGCUUUGGAUAAAAGGAUCAGCUAAAAUGAAUUAAUGUAAAUGUUCAUCAAAAAACUGAACUUAAUGAAAAACUUGACUACAUUUUUACAUGCUCUGGAAAUGCAGCCACCACCAUUACAGGAACAAAUACUUCUUAAGUCCAACCCAAAUCCAAAAUGUUUAGACCUGCUCUGCUUUUCUUCACUCAUCAAAGUGGAUGCCAAAAGUUUUCUGGAAAAUAUUUUUAUUUACAUUUAAAAAUAUCCGAACUCAUCUGAGAAUCACAAGGAGCCUGUUUUGAUGUCAAAAGGCAUUUUAUUGGCACAUAGUCCCGUCAGUGUUGCCGACUGCUUAGGGGAGGAAAGAAAAUAUCGAAUAGCAGCCAUGCAGGAAGUGUUAGUUUGUAUUCAAGCAUUCUUUCAACUUAUCUCCCAAACCCCAAAAUAACCACGCUGGAUACAUGGAUAAAUGCACAAGU